CAACAAGUCGGCAGCUCGAUGGCUGCAGUUGUGCCUCCACUCGACUUCCAAUUGGAAUAGCUCUUCAGUGGCAUAGCAAUCGAGAUUCUCAAACACCUACGACAUUAAAAACUAAAAAAAAAAAUAAGGAAAAAGAACUUUCAGUUUAUUUUCAUUCAGAUGUGCUAUUAAACGUGCGAGUGCCAAACUAUUUGUGCCUGCCGGUGGUUGGACAAGUGCAAGUGCUUUUCUUCCCAAGAAGCAGUUCUUAGUUUGUAGCAGGUUGAAAAGCACAAAAUGAAAUCAAAGUACGAGAACAUGAAGAUCAUCUACAAUCGGAGCAAAAUCGGCUGGUACUGGGCACCCUUGUUCGUGUCCUUCUGGUUCGUGCUCUUCUAUGUGGUGGUCAUACCCGCCUUCCACCGCAUGCCUCCGCUCAAGACCCAGGAGGAUGAGCUUCAGCAGCCGGGCCAGUUCAUCGGGGAGCGGGCGGAGAACACCCUACUGCGGCUAUCCAAGAUCGGACCCAAGGUGGUGGGCAGUCCAACCAACGAACAGGUGGCCGUCCAGUUCCUGCUGAAUGAAAUCUCUGACAUAAUGGAGGAGUCUCGCGGGGACUUGUAUGACAUUGAAAAGGAUGUGCAGAUAGCCUCUGGCAACUACCUCCUCUGGUCCAUGGUGAAUGUCUACCAGAGUAUCCAGAAUGUGGUGGUCAAGCUGUCGCCGAAAAACGCCACCAGCGAGGCAGCUCUCCUAGUCAACAGUCACUUUGAUUCCGUUCCGGGCAGCUCAGGAGCAGGUGAUGCCGGCAUGAUGUGUGUCAUAAUGUUGGAGGUACUCCGGGUGAUCGCCAAGAACGAGACGCCGCUAACCUACUCGGUGGUGUUCCUUUUUAAUGGAGCCGAAGAGAAUCCUCUACAGGGCAGCCAUGCCUUCAUUACCCAACACCCUUGGGCCAAAAAUGUGAAAGCUGUCAUAAAUCUGGACUCAGCUGGCAGUGGAGGACGUGAAAUUCUCUUUCAAUCUGGACCCGAUAACCCCUGGCUUAUGAAGUAUUAUGGAAAGAACAUAGUUCAUCCGUUUGCCUCCACUAUCGGAGAGGAAUUGUUCCAGAAUGGCUUUGUUCCCUCGGAGACCGAUUAUCGCGUGUUUCGUGACUUUGGCGAAAUACCAGGUCUCGAUAUGGCGCAAACUUUGAAUGGCUAUGUUUAUCACACAAAAUACGAUAGGUUUAAUCUCAUCCCGCGACGAACCUACCAACUAACUGGCGAGAAUAUCUUGGCUCUGGUCAAGGCUUUGGCGAAUGCCGAGGAACUGGAGAAUCCUUCGGAUCAUGCCGAGGGUCAUAUGAUAUUCUUUGAUGUUCUGGGGUGGUUCUUUGUCUAUUAUCCUGAGAGCACUGGCGUCAUCAUAAAUAUAUCCGUGUGUGUCCUGGUUUGCAUCACCAUUGUGGGCUACAUUUGGAUCAUGUCCAGUAGCACGGGCAUGUUCCGGCGUCGCAUUUGGGCCAAGUUUGGAAUUCUGGCGGCCCUUCAAGUGACAGGUGUGGCCCUGGGCAUUGGUCUGGUCAUGUCGAUUGCCUUGUUCUUGGAUGCCGUAAAUCUUCCCAUGUCUUGGUUCGCCCAGAACUGGAUGCUGUUUGGCUUAUACUUUUGUCCCAUGAUUUUUGGAAUGGGCAUUGUACCAGCUAUUUAUUUCAGUAGGACUAAGGAGCAUGGUCUUCCCUUAGGCUAUGGCAUACAGUUGCUAAUGCACUCGCACUGCUUGAUUCUGACCAUAAUCACUAUUGUGAUGGUCAGCUACGGUAUACGAUCGGCUUUUAUUUUAAUGCUUUGCAUUAGUUUUUAUACUCUCUCCGUAUUGAUCAACAUGGCCACUAAAGCUCACAAGACAAACUUCCUCUGGCUCAUUCCGCAUUGCAUUUGCCAGAUCCUGCCUUUUAUGUUCUACACCUACUGUUGUUAUGCCUUUUAUGUGGUCUUUGUGCCAAUGCAGGGACGAGAAUGCAAUACCAAUCCCGAGAUCCUCAUGGGUUUCUUCACGGCUCUGAUGGUUCUGUUGUUUGCGCCCUUCCUAGUGCCUUUGUUCUGCCUGUUCCGCAAAUCGAAGACAAUUAUUUCGUUGUUUGGAAUUUGUACAAUAGUGUUUAUUAUUUUGGCCGCCACACCAGUGGGCUUCCCAUAUGCCGAAAAGACAGCAGCACAACGAUUCUAUGCAGUGCACACGUCCCGUACCUUCCGGGAUGGUGACCCAUCAAGCACGGUUGCCCAUACGGACUCCGGUUACUUUGUUCUUCCUGUUGAUCGACGUCCUCAUACAGUGGACGAUAUCCUAUUCGAGGCAACCAACUACACCAAGUCGGAGCGCAUGUCCUGCGACUCUGAGAUUAUGUGUGGCUAUCCUAUUUAUAGUUCCAGAUGGCUCAAUGCAGUAGAUAAUAGCUACUUUGUGCCUGGUCCAGAACCCAAUAAGGGAUAUAUUCCAACACUACAAAUUUUGGACAAGUCAAGCAAAUCUGCCACCCACAUAAAGUUCAAUUUGGAAAUCUCUGGACCUGACCACAUCAGCAUGUUUAUACAGCCGCUAAAUGGCAGUAGACUAGUAGACUGGUCUUUCACCAGAAAACCUUUGGAUGAAAAUGUGAAGCCUCCAUAUUAUGUUUACUGGUCGUAUGCUUUGGAUCCCACGCCUUUGCAGUUUAGUCUGGAGUUCGAGCACGACGAUCCUGAUUGGUCAGGAAACACUUUUAAAGUGGCUCUGAUGGGUCACCGAAUCCACGAUGAUAUGUACGUAACGGAUGACUUCCGGCAGUUCCUGGCCACAUUUCCGCCCUGGGCGCACGUCAGCUCCUGGCUUGGUUCCUACAACAGUUGGCAGCUCUAGAUCUAGGCCGAAAGUCAAGCCACUUACUCAACUCCAACCCAUUGUUGCCAUGACACCUCAGCUACUGUUAUCUUUGGUAUUAAACUACAUUAUUUCGACGACUACCCCUAAUCCAACGAACAAAGUGUCAGUUCCCAUGUCACAUCUUAGCUUGUAAUUCUGAUUAAGACCAGUGUAGUUACUACUUUGUAAUUUGUAAUAAAAUAUUAUAUUUAUUUAUUAAGAUCAAA